CCUUAGCACUCUCCCCCCACACCUUUGAGAGUUUCAGCUGUUUUCACAGGUGUGAAUUAAAACAAACAUUAGAAAUAGUAUGCAAAUAAAACAUGGCCAAAGGAAUAAUCAGUCAGCUGAUUAGUGGGUUGUUCUGGUGUAUUUUUGAUAAAAAGGAGGACAAAACAAAUUUAUAAAAGCAGCCUAGAAGAACUGAAAAUGUGGUUUUCGUCUUUGAAAUAAUGUGGGCCUUCUUGGUUCUCCUGGGUGCUGCAGCUGUGUCUGCUUAUCCGAACAAUCUUGCUUUUGAUGGCCAUAUGGUGUUUCGUGUGAUUCUACAGAAUGAGGGCCAGGUGGAAAUCAUCAAUUCCCUUGCCAGCAAAAUGCAGGUUGAUUUUUGGCAGCCAGACUAUGUCACGCUGGUAAAGCCAAAAAUGCAAGUUGAUUUCCGAGUUGAAGCUGACAAGGUUUUUGAGGUUGAACAUCUUUUGAAGGAAAACAAAGUGGAGUAUAGAGUUCUGAUCAACAACCUGAAGACUGCACUGGAUGCUCAGUUUGACAGCAAAGCUCGUAGCACCAGUCACAGCUAUGAAAAGUACAACACCUGGGAACAGAUAGCUGCUUGGACUGAGGAUAUUACUGCUCAGAACCCAGACCUUGUUUCUCGAAGUGUAAUUGGGGAAACAUAUGAAGGACGGCCAAUGUACCUUCUCAAGUUGGGAAAAAGUGGUACAAAUAAGAAGGCCAUCUUUAUGGAUUGUGGUUUCCAUGCAAGAGAGUGGAUCUCCCCUGCUUUCUGCCAGUGGUUUGUGAAAGAAGCUGUUGAGACCUAUGGAAAAGAUAAUGUCAUGACCAGACUUCUCAACAACCUGGACUUCUAUGUUUUGCCUGUUCUUAAUAUUGAUGGUUACAUUUACACUUGGACAAAUGACCGUAUGUGGAGAAAGACACGCUCUAAAAAUUCUGGUAGCUUUUGCAUUGGUACUGAUCCCAACCGGAAUUUUGAUGCUGGCUGGUGCAGUAUUGGGGCCUCAAGAAGACCCUGUGAGUCCACUUACUGUGGCUCUGCACCUGAGUCUGAAAAGGAGACCAAGGCUUUGGCUGAUUUUAUUCGUGAACAUCUUUCUACAAUCAAAGCAUAUCUGACUAUUCACUCCUAUUCCCAGCUGCUACUGUUUCCUUAUUCAUAUGCUUACAAAUACCCAGAGAAUUAUGAGGAACUGAAUUCCAUCGCUAGUGCUGCAGCCAAACAGCUGGCCACUUUGUACAAUACUGAAUAUACAUACGGCCCAGGAGCUACAACAAUCUAUCCUGCUGCAGGGGGCUCUGAUGACUGGGCUUAUGAUCAAGGCAUCAAGUACUCUUUCACUUUUGAGCUCCGAGACACUGGCUAUUAUGGCUUUCUUCUCCCUGAAUCUCAGAUAAAGCCAACCUGUGAGGAGACUUUGCUUGCUGUUAAAUACAUUGCCAAUUAUGUCCUUGAUCACUUGUAUUAGAAUGAAUUUCUAAAAACUAUUAAAGAAAGAUUUAUUCAAAGGCA